CUACGGCGGCGGACCCCUCAGCGAGCCCAUCGGCGAGAUCCUCGCGUCUGCCGGCGUCAAGCUAAGGUCCAUCCUCGGCGCGACCGAGUUCGGCGUCCCCUCGCACUGCAUGCCCACCCAUGAAGAGGACUGGGCGGAAUGGCGAUGGAUCGAGCUCGACGCCAAUGCGGCCAUCGAAUGGGAGAAGCAGGAAGACGGCACCGAGGAGCUGAUUAUUCCGGCCGACGGCAACCACUGGCAUAUGCCCGCGGUCAAGAACAUGGCGAAUAGACCAGGGUACGCGACGAGCGACUUGUGGGUCGCACAUCCGACGAAGCCUUACUUGCGGAGAAUCGUCGGACGCAAGGACGAUGUGAUCGUCCACUCGACGGGCGAGAAGACGGUGCCUGCGCCGAUGGAGGGCAAGAUCCUCAAGAGUCCCUUGGUGGCGGCCGUGGUCAUGUUCGGCCGCGGGCGAGACGAGGCGGGUAUUCUUGUCGAGCCCGCUGCCGGCUACGCAGUCGACACCAAGGACGACGCAAGAAUCGCGGUGUAUCGGGAUGGCAUUUGGCCCGUCGUAGAGGAGGCGAACCGGAAUGCACCCGCCUACAGUCGAAUCUUCAAGGAACUGAUCCUCGUCGCGCGUCCAGAUACGCCCCUCCCACGUACCGACAAGGGCACGGUCGUACGAAAGCGCGCCCUGCAGCUGUACAAUGACGAGAUAGAAAAGUUAUACGAGGCCCUUGAGGAUCAGGGUGGAGAGAAGGAUGUGGCAGCACCUAACAGCUGGGACGUGUCGGCCGUCGAAAACUGGCUUUCGAAGCAGAUGCGCGACAUCACUGGCCGAGAGAUGGACCGCGCGGUUGACCUCUUCGAGCAGGGCUUCGACAGUCUCAACAACACCGUCCUCCGCAAUCGCUUGCUAGGCGCGCUCAAAGCGGACGCCUCCACUGCAUCCGCGACCUCCAAAAUCACCCAGAACAUCGUCUAUGCCCACCCCUCGAUCGAAAAGCUCGCCACCUUCCUCAGCAAGCUCGCUCAUGGCGAAGCCAGCGAGGGCGUCGACAACGAGGCCGACGUCAAGCGCACGAUCAUCGCCAUGGCCGCCAAGCACAGCGAGGGCCUCCCGGGCUACGUCGACGCGACGACGCUGCCGCAGUACAUCCCCGCAGAGGUCGCGAAGCCAGAGCUGCCCGUGACGGUUCUGAUGACCGGGACGACGGGCAACCUGGGUGCGGACAUGCUGGCGCAGCUCCUGCGGGAUGAGCGCGUCAGUCGGGUGUACACGAUCGAGCGCGCGGGGUCGGCGGGGGCGAAGGACAGGCAGCGGACGCGGUUCGAGGACAAGGGGUUGGAUGCGGGAUUGCUCGAGUCUGAAAAGCUGGUUUCGUUGGAGGGGGAUGUGUGCAAGGAGCAGCUCGGGCAGAGCGAGGAGGUGUACGCGGAGAUGCUCGACACCGUCAGCCUCAUCUUCCACGUCGCCUGGCGCCUCGACUUCAACCUCGGCAUCACCGCCUUCGAGCCCAACAUCCGCAGCACGCGCGCCCUCCUCGACUUCGCCCGCGCCUCCGCCUCCGCCCACGCCAGCACCUUCCGCUUCGUCUUCACCAACUCCAUCGGCGCGACGCUUUCCUGGGAUUACGCCUCGAAGGGGCCCGUUCCCGAGGAGCUGUUAGAGGACCCCGGUGUCGCGAUCGCCGGCGGCGGGUACGGGCACGCGAAGUACGCCGCCGAGAGAGUCCUGGCGGCGGGCGGGGUACCGUUCACGUCGGUCCGCGUGGGGCAGAUCACGGGCGAUCCGCCCAGGGGUGCGUGGGCGACGACGGACUGGUUCCCGAUUCUGGUGAAGACGAGUGUGGCGCUGGGCGUGCUGCCGAGCGAUGGGCAGGAGGUCUCGUGGCUGCCGUCGAACGCUGUCGCGGGUACCCUCAUCGACGCGGCCUUCGACGAAAACGGACUGGCGCCCUCGCACAACAUCGUCCACCCGCACACUAUCCGGUGGUCUGAGAUGAUCAAGGACGUGCAGCGCUCGCUGAAGAACCAGCUUGACCGCGACCUACCUAUCGUCCCCUUCCCCGAGUGGUUCGCGAAGCUGGAGGCGGCGGCGGCAGAUCCCUCUGUCAACGCUCUGUUAUACAGCCCGGCGUCAAGUUGCUGGAGUUCUUCCGCGGGAUGAGCGGGGGAUAUGGACUGGGCAUGUUCGCGACGGACAAGAUGACCGCGGUGAGCAAAACGCUGCGCGAUCUCCGUCCUCUCGGCCAGGUGGACGCGAAUGCUUGGGUGAGUUACUGGAGGGCGAAAGGCUUGCUAGCGUAGAGUUCGCAGCUCCGAUGAGUGGUAGCUGUGGUUUUGGCAUGGACGGUCAUUGAAGUAGACUUGUAUUGCAGAUGAUUACAUGCUAUAGAUCGAGUAUGGUGCUCUACG